AUGACCUCGGAACCACCUCAUCUCAGCUUCCGCUCGUUCGUCGAAGCAUUGAAGCAAGACAACGACCUUGUCGAGAUCAACACUCCAGUCGAUGCAAACCUCGAAGCUGCCGCCAUCACACGUUUGGUCUGUGAGACUAACGACAAGGCACCACUCUUCAACAAUCUAAUCGGCGCCGACAAGGGACUAUGGCGCAUCCUGGGAGCUCCUGGAUCCCUCCGUCAUUCCAAAAAAGACCGUUAUGGUCGACUAGCACGGCAUCUCGCUCUUCCGCCUACAGCAAGCAUGCGUGAGAUUCUAGAUAAGAUGCUCUCCGCUAGCGAGGCCACGCCUAUUCCGCCAAACAUCGUCACCGACGGCCCUUGCAAAGAGAACAAGUUGCUGAGAGGAGAGUUUGAUCUUACCAAAUUGCCAGUUCCGCUCAUCCACAAAGAUGAUGGAGGCAAAUACGUCCAAACAUACGGCAUGCAUGUGGUUCAAUCUCCCGACGGAAAAUGGACCAACUGGUCUAUCGCUCGUGCCAUGGUAGCUGAUAAGGAUCAUUUGACUGGUCUGGUCAUUGAGCCUCAGCAUAUCUGGCAGAUCCAUCAAAUGUGGAAAAAGGAAGGGAGAAAUGUGUCAUGGGCUCUAGCUUUCGGUGUUCCACCGGCCGCUAUCAUGGCUGCAAGUAUGCCAAUCCCUGACGGUGUUUCCGAAGCCGAGUAUAUCGGAGCAAUGACCGGAUCGGCCCUCAAUGUGGUCAAGUGCGACACAAACGAUUUAUAUGUUCCCGCAAAUUCUGAGAUUGUGUUUGAAGGAACGCUUUCAAUUAGUGAGACCUCACCAGAAGGUCCAUUUGGGGAAAUGCACGGUUACGUCUUUCCGGGCGACACACACCCGUGGCCAAAGUACACGGUCGAGAAGAUCACAUAUCGUAAUGGUGCCAUUCUUCCAAUGUCCGCCUGUGGCCGGUUGACCGAUGAGACGCACACCAUGAUCGGGUCUCUCGCUGCCGCAGAAAUCCGUAAAAUCUGCCAACUUGAAGGUCUGCCCGUCACAGACGCCUUUGCUCCAUUUGAAUCGCAGGUGACUUGGGUUGCUCUGCGUAUAGACACAGAGAAGCUACGUGCUAUGAAGACAAAUAGCAAAGAGUUUUCGAAACGUGUCGGAGACUUGGUCUUCAACCACAAGGCCGGCUACACUAUCCAUCGAAUCGUACUCGUCGGCGAUGAUAUCGAUGUCUAUGACAGUAAGGAUGUGAUGUGGGCAUUCUCUACUCGCUGCCGACCCAACCUAGAUGAGACCUUUUUCGAGGAUGUCCGUGGAUUCCCCCUUGUUCCAUAUAUGAGCCAUGGUAAUGGAUCUGCCACUAUGGGCGGCAAGGUCGUCUCAGAUGCUCUGAUGCCAAGCGAGUUUACCACAGGUCGUGACUGGGUUGCGGCUGAUUUUGAGAGCUCAUAUCCUGAGGACGUCAAGGCGAAGAUUCGUGCUAACUGGGAGUCAAUGGGGUUCACGGGAGAUGAGUAG